UUAACCGCAAUAGUUAAAGGGGCACGUGCACGGACACGCGCACCGCGCGAGCAGAGAGAGAGAGAGAGAGAGAGAGAGAGAGAGAGAUGGCGGGUGUAUUCGGGAAGAUCUUCGUGGGCAUUUACGUGGAUAUCAAACGCAGCGACGGUCGAAUCCACCAGGCCGUGGUCACGUCCCUGCACGAGGACAACGCCAUCGUGAGCGUGGAGUGGAUCGAGAAUGGAGAGACCAAAGGGAAAGAGGUCGAUCUGGCGAACGUCUUCGCUCUGAAUCCAGACGUCGCUCCCGACCAGGAGGUCCCACAGACUGUGGAGGCUCCUCUUCCUUCGACCAGUGGGACCAAAACCAGCAAACUCCCCAAGACCAAACGGAUCACAGCGAUACCGAAACCUGAGAAUGCUCCACGAGAGAACAGAGCUGCAGCAGUGGGCACCACCCGGGCCCGCCCCGCUCCGCCCAGCCAGCCUGCAGAGCCGCCCCCCUCGGCCAUCGCUCCCCAGUCUGCACUCAACCAGUCGCUGCAGCUGCAGCAGAACGGACAAAAGAAAUCCAGCUGCGUGAAGGAGAUCGAGAAACUGCAGGAGAAACGAGAGAAGAGACGACUUCAGCAGCAAGAGCUCCGAGAGAAGAGGGCACAAGAGGUGGUCGUCAACUCACCAAACCAUGAAAUCAUGUGUAUGAUCAGAGACUUCAGAGCCAGUCUGGACUACCGGCCUUUGACCAACAAUGAUCCGGUGCAGAUCGAGGAGCACCGGAUCUGUGUGUGCGUACGCGCACGGCCACUAAAUAAAAAAGAGCUCGCCAUGAAGGACCUGGACGUGACCACCGUCCCCAGUAAGGACGUGGUGAUGGUCCACGAGCCCAAGCAGAAAGUGGACCUGACCCGCUACCUGGAGAACCAGACGUUUCGGUUCGACUACGCCUUCGACGAGAACUCCACCAACGAAAUGAUUUACAGGUUCACGGCUCAGCCGCUGGUGGAGACCAUUUUCGAGCGAGGGAUGGCGACCUGCUUCGCUUACGGACAAACUGGAAGUGGGAAAACGCACACGAUGGGAGGCGACUUUUCAGGGAAGACGCAGGUCUGCGCUAAAGGGGUCUACGCGCUCUCGGCCAGAGAUGUUUUCGUCAUGAUGAAGAAGCCGAAUUACAGGAAGUUGAAUCUUCAAGUCUUUGCCACGUUCUUUGAGAUUUACAGCGGGAAGGUGUUCGAUCUGCUGAACCGCAAAGCCAAGCUGCGCGUCCUGGAGGACGGGAAGCAGCAGGUGCAGGUGGUGGGGCUGCACGAGAAGGAGGUGAAGUGUACCGACGACGUCCUCAAGCUCAUCGAGUUGGGAAACGGCUGCAGGACUUCCGGUCAGACCUCGGCCAACGCUCACUCUUCUCGGAGCCACGCCGUCUUCCAGAUCCUCCUCCGCCGGCAGGGGAAGCUGCACGGGAAGUUCUCCCUCAUCGACCUGGCGGGGAACGAGAGGGGAGCGGACACGUCCAGCGCCGACCGCCAGACCCGCCUCGAAGGAGCCGAGAUCAACAAGAGCCUGCUGGCCCUAAAGGAGUGCAUUCGAGCGCUCGGCAAGAACCGGCCUCACACUCCGUUUCGAGCCAGCAAGUUGACCCAAGUGCUGCGAGACUCCUUCAUCGGAGAGAACUCCAGAACCUGCAUGAUCGCCACCAUCUCUCCUGGAAUGGCGUCGUGCGAUAACACUUUGAACACGCUGCGAUACGCCAACAGAGUUAAGGAGUUUGGGAUCAGUCCUUCUGACAUCCCCUUCUCCCAGAGCGGAGGGAGUCGCUCGGAGCUCUCCCCUUCUUACGAGGCGAAGGAGCUGACGGUGGAACCUGAGGGGGCGGGCGACGUCUGCCAGGGGGGACACGUGGACCAGCUGGACCUGCUGGAGGACCAGUGGGCGGUCGGGAGUUCUCCUCAGAGAGACGACCUGAAGCUGCUCUGCGAACGCAACGUGGAGGAGGUUUCCCCGCAGCUCUUCACUUUCCACGAAGCCGUCUCCCAGCUGGUGGAGAUGGAGGAGGAGAUCCUGGAGGACCACAGGGACGUUUUCCAGGAGUCGAUCCGCUGGCUGGAAGACGAGAAGGUGCUCAUGGAGAUGACGGAGGCGGUGGACUACGACGUUGAGUUCUUUGCAACCCAACUAGAACAGAUCCUGGACCAGAAGAUCCGGAUCCUCACGGAGCUGGGAGCUAAAGUCAAGUCUUUCCGUUCUACACUCAUGGAAGAGGAGCAAGCUAGCAAGCUGAUUAACCCGAUGACGCCUCAUGCACUAUUAUAGACACACAUAAUAAAUAAAUAUAUUUAUUUCCCUGUAAUGUUGACGAAGGCCGGCCUGCCGCUGAGGAGGUCAAGAGCCGAUGAUGCCCAGCUGUGAUUCUUUUGACUUCCUGUCUUCUGUGAGUUUGGUCCCUCUUUGCUGUACAGUCACUUCCCAUCAUGCAUCUGUCCAUCUGUA